UCGGCGGCUGCAGGCGAGCCGGAGCCGCGGGAGCCCGAGCCCGAGCCGGACCGAGAGCCCGAGCUGCGGCCGCACGGCAGGUCAUUAGUGAUUAUCAGCACUUUGGAUGGGCGAAUUGCUGCCUUGGAUCCAGAGAAUCAUGGUAAAAAGCAGUGGGAUUUGGACGUGGGGUCCGGCUCCUUGGUUUCAUCCAGCCUUAGCAAACCGGAGGUUUUUGGGAAUAAGAUGAUCAUUCCUUCCCUGGAUGGAGACCUCUUCCAGUGGGACCGGGACCGCGAGAGCAUGGAGACAGUUCCUUUUACAGUUGAGUCGCUUCUGGAAUCUUCCUACAAGUUUGGAGACGACGUUGUUCUGGUUGGAGGAAAGUCUCUCACCUCGUAUGGACUCAGUGCGUACAGUGGAAAGGUGAGGUACAUCUGUUCAGCUCUGGGUUGUCGCCAAUGGGAUGACGACGACGUGGAACAGGAGGACGUCCUGCUUCUGCAGCGCACCCAGAAGACGGUCCGCGCCGUCGGGCCUCGCAGUGGCAGUGAGAAGUGGAAUUUCAGUGUUGGCCACUUUGAACUUCGGUAUAUUCCAGACAUGGAAACUAGAGCCGGAUUUAUUGAAAGCACAUUAAAACCCAGUCGGAACAAAGAGUCUGAAGUGAUCUCCGAUGUGGAAGAUCAGGAAGCUGCCGUCGUGGACACAGUGAUAAAAGUCUCUGUUGCCGACUGGAAGGUUAUGGCCUUCAGUAAGAAGGGAGGACACCUGGAAUGGGAGUAUCAGUUUUGUACUCCCAUCGCAUCUGCCUGGCUGGUUAAGGAUGGCAAAGUCAUUCCCAUCAGCCUUUUUGAUGACACAAGUUAUGUCUCAAAUGAUGACGUUUUAGAAGACGAAGAAGACAUUGUAGAAGCUGCCCGAGGAGCCACAGAAAACAGCGUUUACCUGGGAAUGUACAGAGGCCAGCUGUAUCUGCAGUCAUCAGUCAGAAUUUCAGAAAAGUUUCCAACAAAUCCCAAGGCCUUGGAAUCUGUUCAUAAUGAAAACGCAAUUAUUCCUUUGCCAACGAUCAAAUGGAAACCCUUAAUUCAUUCUCCUUCCAGAACUCCUAUCUUGGUAGGGUCUGAUGAAUUUGACAAAUGUCUUAGUAACGAUAAGUUUUCUCAUGAAGAGUACAGUAAUGGCGCACUUUCAAUCUUGCAGUAUCCUUAUGAUAAUGGUUAUUAUCUGCCGUACUAUCAGAGAGAACGGGGCAAGCGGAGCACCAGGAGCACCCAGAUCACAGUCCGAUUCGCGGAGAACCCGGCCUACACCAGGAACGUCCGCAGAAAGGACCCGGUCCUCCUCCUGCACUGGUGGAAGGAGAUCGCGGGCACCAUCCUGUUCUGCAUCGCGGCCACCACGUUCAUCGUGCGCAGGCUCUUCCACCCGCCGCCGCACAGACAAAGGAAGGAAUCUGAAACUCAGUGUCAAACUGAAAAUAAAUAUGAUUCUGUAAGUGGAGAAGCUAAUGACAGUACCUGGAAUGACAUAAAAAAUUCUGGAUACAUAUCACGAUAUCUAACAGACUUUGAACCGAUUCAGUGCAUGGGUCGUGGUGGGUUUGGAGUUGUCUUUGAAGCUAGAAACAAAGUAGAUGACUGCAAUUAUGCUAUCAAGAGGAUCCGUCUCCCCAACAGGGAUUUGGCUCGGGAAAAAGUCAUGCGAGAAGUUAAAGCUUUAGCUAAGCUUGAACACCCAGGAAUUGUCAGGUACUUCAAUGCUUGGUUGGAAGCACCACCAGAGAAGUGGCAAGAAAAAAUGGAUGAAAUUUGGCUGAAAGAUGAAAGCACAGACUGGCCACUCAGCUCUCCUAGCCCUGUGGACGCGCCGUCAGUUAAGAUACGCAGAGUGGAUCCUUUCUCCACGGAGGAGCACAUUGAAAUCAUAGCUCCGUCACCACAACGAAGCAGGUCUUUUUCAGUAGGGAUUUCCUGUGGCCAAGCAAGUUCAUCCGAGAGCCACUUCUCCCCACUGGAACUUUCAGGACUGGACCGUGGAGACAGCAGCGAGUCCGUGGGCGCGGUGUGCCGCCUGCAGGACAGCUGUCUGACCGGCUGUGACGUGGAGGACGGCACUGUGGAGGGCAGCAAUGAGGGGCUCUCCUUCGGACUCUUUCCUUCCGAGGCUUCCCCCUGUGGAAGGUCGAGGGAGAGAACCUCUUCUUCAAUCGUGUUUGAAGACUCGGGCUGUGGUAAUGCCUCCAGUAAAGAAGAGCCCAAAACUACCCGGCUGCGUGUCGGCAGCCAGUAUGCUGCUCAACUAACUGCCACCAAGCAUUCCAGUAGCCAGUCUUCGGAACCGACCCUGUCUGUUUCUCUUCCGAGACCAACCACUUUAAGUCUCGAUCUCACCAAGAACACUGCAGAGAAGCUGCAGCCCAGUUCCCCGAAGGUGUAUCUUUACAUCCAGAUGCAGCUGUGCAGGAAAGAGAACCUCAAGGACUGGAUGAACAGCCGGUGCCACAUGGAGGACAGGGGCCGGAGCACGUGCCUGCACAUCUUCCUGCAGAUCGCGGAGGCCGUGGAGUUCCUGCACAGCAAGGGGCUCAUGCACAGGGACCUCAAGCCUUCCAACAUAUUCUUUACGAUGGAUGAUGUGGUCAAGGUUGGCGACUUCGGGUUAGUGACAGCCAUGGACCAGGAUGAGGAAGAGCAGAUGGUGCUGACCCCGAUGCCCGCCUGUGCCAGGCACACGGGACAGGUGGGCACCAAACUGUACAUGAGCCCAGAACAGAUCCACGGGAACAACUACUCUCAUAAAGUGGACAUCUUCUCUCUAGGCCUCAUUCUGUUCGAGCUGCUGUACCCGUUCGGCACACAGAUGGAGCGAGUGCGGGUCUUAACUGAUGUAAGAAAUCUCAGAUUUCCACCACUGUUUACUCAGAAAUAUCCUCGUGAGUAUGUGAUGGUUCAAGACAUGCUCUCUCCAUCCCCCGUGGACCGGCCUGAAGCUACGAGCAUCAUUGAAAACGCUGUGUUUGAGGACUUGGAGUUCCCGGGAAAGAUGGUGCUCAGGCAGAGGUCCCGCUCCAUGAGUUCAUCAGGGACAAAACAUUCCAGACAGCCCAGCAACCCCCACAGCCCUCUGCCCAGCAGUUAGGCGCCGCUGUGCCCAUUCCCCAACAGGUGCAGAGUCUGCGGCCCAGGACUGUGACUCCAAGUGGUGGACUUGAGGAUUUCGUUCUUUGCUCAAGUUUACUGGGACUACGUUUUCUAAGUCAAAUUUAAACUGGAUUUGGGGGCAUACCCCAAUCAGAGCCAGCUCUUGAUGUUUGCUGUCCUCAAAGAGGAAACUCCUGCGUCCCUCGUGGCCCUUGUCUUUGUUGCUCUCUCAGAACGGGCCGGCCAGCCUUCAGAGCCUUCGUCUUCUGCCUGGGGAGGCGGGAGCCAUCCCCAAAAUUUAUAGAGAUUUUUAUAGUAGACAUUAAUGAAAAUCCCUGCAGAUGGUAACUAGAUUGUUCUAGAAAAUAGGCUUUCUAGAGAUACCGGUGAUUUUGAAAUUGAUUUCCAAAAAGCUGACUCCGUUCUUGUCCCUGGUGGGUGAAUCAGGAAUCUGCCCUGCUCUGGGGGACGCAUGGCACCGAUGGACGAUGGUCACGUCCCCAGCCGGUUAUGUGGUGGCUUCUGUGACCUCACAGGCUGAGGUUCUUCCUGGUUCCAGGGAGGGCGCAUGCGUCUGUGCUUUGCCUGCAGGAGAGGGUGACGCUUGUGACGUAGUCGGUCAGAAGUCCUGGUGGGGGUGGAAAAGGGCCAUAGUAAGAAACGAAUGACAUGUUACCAUUGACUUCUUUAAUUAUGGACUUUAACCCUAAUACAAUCUUAAGUGUCUUAUAUGUAAUUCUGUAGGUUGAUACUUUCCCAUGACUGAUUAUAGAUAACGGUUUAAUCAUUUAACUUGCUAACAUGUUCUUAU